AGCUUGGCGAUAGGGAGAGGUUGGUGUAUGAUACGCUGCCUCUAGUAACAUUGUGAGUCCAACAUCAAAAGAACAUUUUGAAUUACAAGAAAAACAGCGAUUCAGAAAACAAUAUUUGUAUGAAAAUCAAUUACAAUAAGCCGGGUCACAUUAAUCAUACGUCAACCACUCAUUUUUGAUAUCUGCGUACGUCGAGCAUACAGUCGAUGAUAUUUUUAAAUCGAUUAUAAUCAAUAAUGGUUAACAUAACUACAGUUUUGAUCAUACUUGUCACAGCUUUCUCAAUAACUGAUCAUCUUCUUGGACAUAUCUGGAUAGAAGCUAUAUUUAAUUUUAUAAUUUCAUUGAAUAAAUAUCAAAAUCUGGUUUUUGCUGAAGAGAUCUUCAAACGUGACAAUCGUGAUGAUCCGAAAACUAUGAUAUUGGACGCUUCUAACUAUUUUGAAGACUUUUCCAAUAAAAUUAUAAAAUUGGACAAUUUGUUUAGGCAAAUUCAUCUAGAGUCCAUUACUUUGUUUGAGGACGUGACAUCAGUGAAAGUUAUUCCGUACUGUAUCCCUGCGGUGGCUUAUAGAAAUUUUGAAAUAUGUUUUAGAGAAACCAAUAUUUGUAAUUUGGAGAAUUUGAAACUAGUAAACAUUGAAUUAGGCAGAAGUACGAUUCAUAGAAAAAAAAUAAAUCGUUUCUUAAAUGCUACACAUAAGUUCGAUGAAUUAGUGAUUAGCGGAAUUACUGAUUUUGAAGAAUAUGGUAGCCGAGAUAAAUACAACACUAGCAUUCGUGACAGUUACUUGGUAAUUUAUCGUGAUUAUGAAAAUCUAGGAAUUUUUAGCGUAGAAAUUCCCUCCCUAAAGGGUUAUUCUGAGUCUAAUACUGAUAAAUAUGUAGCACAUGCCGUAGAUAUGCACUUGAAACGUUCACAUGGCAUGAAUAUUUAUCUACCAGUCGAUGGAUUUUACGGGUUAUUGAAUCAACUAGAAAAUGAAAUAAACACUCCGUCAGUUUUUUAUCCAGAGAAUGUAACUUUUGGUUGUAGUGACUUUCCAGAAAAAGAUGUAACUAAAACUCUUGCAAUGUCCAUAAGCACCAUCAACAUGCGUUUGAAUGAACAGCUCAACUAUGAUGUAAUCAACAACGUGAAGUUUAUUGAAAUGGGUAACUCUUAUCAUACGCGAUUUGCUAUCACUUUUAAUAAACUAGCUUUUACUUCUAAAAUGUCCGUAAUAUUAAAUAAAAAAUUGAUUUUGGAUGAAGACGUGCUAGUCGAAAUAAAGAAGUUGUAUAUAGAGGUUGUCUACUACUCGCUUUAUUCUCCAGUGUACAAAGUACAUGUUGACAUUAAAGAUGGACUGAGUUUAUCCGCAGAGACAAAAAUUGAUUCUUAUUUCUAUACUCCACAUUUUAAAACAAAAUUAUCCAGUUGCAUCAAGGCAACAACUUUAAACAACUUACAGUCAACUCUUCGCCUUGUAAAACUAAAAGACUCGCUAUUAAAAAAAUUCUGGAAGUAAAUUAUAAUUUCAUUUCAUUUACAACUUAAAUUAUUGAAUAGGUAAAUAAUAUACCAUCACCACAAAAAAUGUGUAGUAGUAUUGAAACCAUUUUAAUGGUAUAGGUAUAGUCAUAACAGUAGAUUUUUGUUCCUAAAAAUUACGAUCGGGUACACGUUUAGUAUGCUAAAAAAAAUGCUUAAACUCUGAUAAUGGUCUAUAUAGGUAACCAUAAAAUAAUACACUUUCUUCAUUAAAUACCUAUCUAUGUAUAUUUAUACGUAAAAUUAAUUAAUUAAAUGUAAUAUUCUCAUUCUCUCAUGACGCUCAAAACUCAUCAAUGAUAUUGUGGGUUGAAUAAUAUUCACAAUAAAAUAUUUUGAGUUAUCUGCAUUCAAGCAAUACACGAUUUCUGCCCGAGGUUCAUCAGAAUUGACGGUUAAAAGGCAAUCUUUAUAUUUUAACAAUGCUCAAUUCGUUUAUAUAUUUAUUGGAUUUUGGUCUGUUGUAUUUGUUUUCCUUAUCAUUACCAUUAAUAUUAACUAAAUAGACUUGUAAGAAAAUACAAGGUGUAAGUAUCAGACCAAAUCAUCAACAUCUUUUCUGCAUACUGAAUGAUUAUAUCAUGUGCCCUUAAUUCGAAGCUUUCCAUUACCACACACAAAUGGGACGAUUCCGCACUGCUUUAAGUCUCGUAUCCCAUAAUCACAUACGCAGGUACCUAGUUAAAUGUAAUUGAAUACUCGUAUACAUGAUAGUUAAUAGAGAAAUUUCUUAUGUUUUAACUGUAGAAUAUUAUUAAAUACCUGUGUCUCCAUUUUGUAGUUUCGUGGUUUACAUUGAUCGUUAUAUCAAUUUUUUUGGAUACCACCAAACUAUAGCACAAGAAAUAAUUUUAUAAAAAAAUGUAUAACCAAACUCAUCAAAACGAAUAUAGAAUCUUUCCUGUGAUUAUUAGCAAAUAAUACAUUUUACCUUUACUUUUAGAAAAUAUAGGUACGUAAUAUGUUUCAUCUUUCACAUGGACUAUUGAAAGUCCACCUACAUUUGUGAAAAUAACUGAAAGUAAGUAAUAUCUGGACUGAUCUUCAACUUUAAUGCAGAUGAUUUUAUAACACCGGAAAAUUCUAAAAACCUUGUAUUUGAACCCUGGGGUAAUAUCAAAAUGUUUGUGUGUCACUUUAUCUUUUGUGGUUUUUGAUCAAUUGUGUGUGGUAAUGGGGAACGCCCCUGAUUUUGGUAUUAUUACAAUAGUCAAUUUAUUAGUUAAAUAUUAUACUGUGUAAGAAAGUAAAAUUAAAUUGUUAAACAAGUAAUAUUAUACUCCUCUAUCCAACCGUAUACAAGCACGUUGUUACUUGUUGAAGUCAUAAUAUAUGAAAAUAUCCAUACAUUAUUAUUUUAUUUCUAUAAUACUGGCAAUAGUUAAUAUUAUAUAUUUUUUUGAUAUCAAGAAAUUGAAAUAUUUAUCUAAUGCUGUAGAUAUGUUUGUAUCAUUUAAAAUGUAAUACUCAUGUGGUACCGAACAUCAUCGGCGAUUAUUAGACAUGGACGGAAAUACACAUAUUUUCUACAAAGUCGUGUUGAUCGUUGGGUGUGUAUUAUAAUAUAGAUGUUUUUUUCUAGUGAGUGGUUAUCUUAUACAUAUUAUGCACGUAAUAUAAAUUUAAAUACUUCUGGAAUAACAUAUCAUUCUCUUGGUUGGGAUGGGGAAAAAAAGAUUUUCUCCAAUAAUAUUACAAAAAAUAUAUUCCUAGAAUUUCUCACUCGAAAGUUAUCCACUGAGUUAUGACACAACUAUAUAUUAUAAUAAUUUUACCUUAUUCAGUAAGUAAUAUUUAUUUAUAAUUAAUUAAAAGGCAUAAAUACCAAUAAAAACAUUAUACAAUAUAUUAUAAGUAUUUUAAGAAGACAGUAUUAUAAAGUUAAAUUUUCAAGAAAUCUAAUAAACUAAAAGUGAAUACAAUGUUAUGUUUCAAAGGGUAAAUAUAAAGACAAUAUAAGUCAAAACUAUAGUUGAUACACUCAUUUUUAUUUUUUUAAAUAUUAUACUUGGAUAUUCAGGGUCUUGAGGGGUGGAGAAUUAUGCUUCCCUCUAGAACCAUCGAAGAGUUGAUAACGAGAAUUUAAUUCGUCCUCUUCCUCACUAAACUUAAAUUUAGUUCGGUGCCACUAGUAAAAUAUUAUAUACUUAAGCUGUAUCUAAGUAAAGCCUUUAAAUAUCUUGUUUUAUUUGUAUUGACAGAAUUUCCAAACAUAUUCAAAGCUAACUUGUACAGUUGUACAAAAUAUAUUUGUAUAAUACUCGCUUAUUUCAUACUUAUUAAUAAUCUGUAAUUUAUUUUAAAUUUAAAACAAGAAUUAUUAUUGUAUCAAUGUACCUAUAUGAUUUUCACAUGUCAUUAAAAUAAUAACCAAUAAAUUACCUCAA